AUGGUGCGUGACAAGGAAGAGGCCCUGAAAGCCAAUUUGUUUCAGAAGCAACACUUGUCUGAAAUGCAGUUUCAAUGGGGAGAGAAUUGUUCGGGUGACAGAAAUGAUGAGAGUGUGUUGGAAGAUUGUGAGGAAAUAACAUUCGGCCACUUGCCAAAUUUAGGGAAGCUCAGUAUAAGGGAAUUAAAGAGUUUGAAAUCAUUAGAUGGGCUGGAGAACCUCAAUUCUCUGAUGGCGUUGACUAUAGAAAACUGUACAAAUCUGAAGUCGAUUGGGAAUCCAAGAUGCGGAGAGGAAGGAACCCUCUUUCAUCUGAGCAUUGUAGGUUGCGGAGAACUGAUGGAAUUACCAAGUCAAAUGCUAGAGUUGUGGGCCCCUACAAUUCAGUCUGUUGGACUGGGAAAAUUAAGGAGUGUACAGAAUCUACCAAUGCUAAUUGACUGCCUCGCUAGGUCAUUUACUCAUCUCAGAAGAUUGGCAAUCACAGGUGUUCCUAAAUUGAUGUCUGCGGGAAGUGUUGAGAGUUGGGAUUUAGGUAGCUUGAAGUAUUUAACACUAGAUGUGAGUGUGGAGUGGUCAAACGGGAGUAGUGUUGCCAUUAAUGACACUGUGAAUGGCAUAUUAGAAGGGUGUUGCAAUUCACUUAAGCAGUUAACAUUGAUAGGGGUGGAAAGUUGGGAGUGUCUGCCUCAAUCAAUUCAACAUCUCACUUCUCUUCGGGAUUUAAGAUUAGAAAAUAUAGGGAUAGAAGAAUUGCCGCAAUGGUUUGACAAACUCUCAUUUCUACUUUCUUUACAUCUAGAUGGCUGCACAAAGCUUAGGCGUCUGCACUCUGUGGAUGCACUAAAGCCCCUCAUUAAAUUUCAUUUUUUCACGAUUAGCAAUUGUCCGAAACUAAGUAUUGAUUCGGAGUUGCUCAACCAUCCCGAUUUCGUAAUCAAGGUUGAUGGCAAUCCCAUUUGA